AUGGCUGAAUCUGUGGUAAAUGCACCCCAGGGUCUGCUGACAUUCAGGGAUGUGGCUGUAGACUUCUCCCAGGAGGAGUGGGAAUGCCUGGAGUCUGCUUGGAGGGAUUUGUACAUUGAUGUGAUGUUGGAGAAUUACAGCAAUUUAGUCUUUGUAGGUAACCCAAUUUAUGCUUAUUUUCCAGGGAAACAUCAUGAGAAGGUCUUGGAUCAAGGCUCAAAGCACAUUGUCUACGAGUUUAUGAAUAUUCAAGAGAAGUCUCAUAAAUGUAGUGAACUUGGAAAAAUGAUUCAUGAAUCCUCCAAGUGUACAUCUUACAGCACAAGUGAUAUCACAGAAAACUGCAGUGAGUACAGAUGUGGAAACAGCAUGGAAGCCUCUAUUGAUUCAUCAAACCUAAACAGACAUAGAAUUGGGAACAUUGGAGAAGACCCCUGCAAACAUAAAGGCUGUGGGAAAUGUUUAAAUUUGUGUUCCAUCAUUAGUCAAAAUCAAAGAAUGCAUAUUGGGAAGAAAGAACACAGAAAUGCAGAGUAUGAUAAAUCAUUUGACUCUAAACAUAAACUCAUGUGGAAACAAAUCCUUAGUGGAGAGAAAGCACAACAAUGCAUGGAAUGUGGAAAAUGUUUCUGGGACUACUCAAGCUUCAGUAGACAUCAAAAAAUCCAUUCCAGAGAGAACCUCUACAAAUGUAAAAAAUGUGGCAAGGGCUUUUAUCAGUUGUAUCAAGUUAAAGACCAUUAUAAAACUCAUACUGAGGACCGGCCUUACAAAUGCAGUGAUUGUGAGAAAUCCUUUACCAGUGGCUCAUAUCUUAGAAAACAUCAGAAUAUUCACACAGGAGAGAAACCAUAUAUAUGCAGUGAAUGUCACAAAUGCUUUAGCCAGCUGACAUACCUAAGAUCCCAUCAGAGAAUUCAUACAGGAGAGAAACCUUAUAAAUGUAGCAUAUGUGAGCAAUUCUUUACAUGUGGGUCAGGACUUCGAAAGCAUCAGAGAAUUCAUACAGGAGAGAAACCUUACAAAUGUAGUGAAUGUGAGAAAUCCUUUACACAUGGCUCAGAUCAUAGAAUACAUCAGAGAAUUCGUACAGGAGAGAAACCAUACAAAUGCAGUGCUUGUGAGAAAACCUUCACAUGUGGCUCAGGUCUUAGACAACAUCAGAUUAUUCAUAGAAGAAAGAAACCUUACAAAUGUAGUGCAUGUGAGAAAUCUUUUACUUGUGGCUCAGAACUUAGAAUACAUCAGAGAAUUCAUACAGGAGAAAAACCUUACAAAUGCAGUGAAUGUGAGAAAUCCUUUACAUGUGGCUCAAAUCUUAGAAGACAUCAAAGAAUUCAUACAGGAGAGAAACCUUAUAAAUGCAGUGAAUGUGAGAAAUCCUUUACAUGCAGCUCAAAUCUUAGAAUGCACAAAAGAAUUCAUACAGGAGAGAAAUGUUACAAAUGUACUGAAUGUGAGAAAUCCUUUACAUGUGGCUCAUAUCUUAGAAUACAUAAUAGAAUUCAUACAGGACACAAACCUUACCAAUGUAGUACAUGUGAGAAAUCAUUUAUAUUGUCCUCAGAUCUUAGAAAACAUCAGAGAAUUCAUACAGGAGAGAAACCUUACAAAUGUAGUGAAUGUGAGAAAUCUUUUUCGUGUCUCUCAACUCUUAAGAAACAUCAGAGAAGUCAUAUAGGAGAGCACCCUUUCAAAUGUAGUGAAAAUUGCAAAGUCUUCACUCCCUUCUCAGGUCUAAGAAAAUAUCAGAAAAUUUGUACUGGGCAGAAAAGUUUCCAUAGUAAAUAAUGUGGCAUAUACCUUUUCAAAGCUGUCACUAGAGACCUCUGCAUUCUCUACACUAGAGUAUCAUUAUGAACAUGAGAAACGAGAAGGCCUUUAAGUAAUGUUCAACUCAUAGAAAACAUCAAGAGAUUAUGCUGAGAAAAAAUUCUGAAAAUGUGACAAUGUAAAAAAAUUUUCAUUAAAACAUUUUUUUCCAACCUCAAAUACUACAUACAAGUCCAAAAUGGAGAAGCCUGAAAAAUGUGCUAUAGUGCAGUAGUUCCUUGGAGACUGAAACAUUUUGUGCUGAAGAGAAGCUGAUUAAAAAGGAAGUAGCACCUCUGUAUAACUUCAGGAAGUCCCUGAAACUGAUAGGAUUAGCCAUACAUAACUCCCAUGAAGAAACUCAGACCAUGCUUUUAAGCAUGCUGCUUAAAAGAGGCUCUAAUGAAAUGAAAUGAACCACCAAGAAAAGACACUCUUCAGCCUGUAAAUAUGCCUGCACGUAUGCUCUGGAAGUCCAGGGUUCAUAAGCUGUAUCCCAUGCUGGGUUUGAGUUUCAUGACUUUUGUAAGCAACUCUUUCCCCACAUUCCUGGUAGUGACCCCAAUAAAAUUUCUUGGCUCAAGAAGAUUGACUUCAGUGGCAUCAUAGUUAUGUCUGUUGUUGGUUCCCAUUUUUGUGUAAGUAGAUGCAUCUCUAUGUUGCAUCUUCCCAGGAAAGUUUUAUCAUACAUGUGCUGACCCCAUUAAUUGUUCCUCCAAACUUGUUUUACACCAGAAAAUUGAAAUUAGAGAGGAAGCUUUUUAAGUGUCAGAUUGGUGCUUCAUUACACCUUAAAAAUUCCACUUUAGAGAACCCGAAGAAAUGCAUUGAAGCUGUGAAACAUUUACACAGAGAUACCGGUGUAGGCUUAUUUGAAAAUUAAAUGUUGAGGAAAUAAAAAGUAAACCUAAAGUGUAUAGUUUGCAAACACUUACUGGU